AUCCGCGUUUUCACAAUAUACUCUAUGGGCGUAUAUGAUAGUACUUGACUACUAUAGUUCUACAUGCGGGGUAUUAUCGACUAAGGGUCUACUAAUAAUAGUCAACUAUACUAAAGACCCUCGCCGCUGGCACUGGUUUCGACCCGUGACUUUCACGUGAUUUGUCGAUGACAUUUAGUGCCUGUCUGUAUGGACCAUUUGAAUAACCGAAGCCAAACAGGGUACAUAGCUCACUGCGCUCGUCGUCAAUCACUCGUGGAUACUCAUACCAGAUAUAGAAGAUCCACCUCCCGAGUUUCUACAGCGUUUGUCGGGUUGGCCCCAGUUCGAAUUGAAGGGGCUAGAGUUCGUGGAGCCUAUAUAUUCCAGAUAAGGCUCGUUAAUGGAGAUGAGAACAGCAUGGGUUGAGAACAUGGAUUUGACGAAUAAAUAUGUUCUGGGAAUUCUGGCGGCCGGGUUGAUGAUUCUUCUGGCCAAGCGGGUGGUCGAUAAUCGUUCAAAUGGAACGGUAGAGAGGGGAUCUAAAAAGCCUCUAUAUAGAUACGACCACAGUAUACUCAACAUUUCAGUACCACCCCAAUCGAUGUGGAUGAACAUGGGCUUCUGGAAGAAUACUGAGGACUUUCCAACAGCUUGCCGCACUCUUCUUGAAGAAGUGUUGAAGUCCGCGCAAAUCUUGGAAGGAGUUUCCAGUAGCAACAAGAGCAUCAGCAAUACGUUGAGUAUCAUUGACCUAGGUUUUGGGUGUGGAGACCAAAGCCUAUACAUCAAAAAUGCCUUGGACAAUCAAAGGCAGGGGAAAAGCGACGAUCAGUGGAAGAGGAAUCUCAAAGCUUAUGUUGGCCUCACGCUGGAAAGCGCUCACUUCUCCAUUGCCCAGGAGAGGCUUGGUCUUCAGCGACCAAAUACCAACACAGAGUUCCAGAUCUAUUGUGCCGAUGCUGGACGGCCUAUGUCUUGGACUUCAGAAAUAAAAAAAUCCGUUUCCCUGGCUACUCAGGCAAAUAACGAGAAGGGGAAUCAUGAGAACUGGCUCCUCGGACUUGACACAUUGAUUCAUUUUCAACCUUCCAGAUGGCCCGUUAUUGAGUACGCAAACAGGGAACUAGAUGCUUCGCUUAUGGCAUACGAUCUCUGCUUUGCUGACAAUCUUUCCGUGAAGCAACGCCUUGUCCUUCGAUUCAUGGCCUCCUUUGGUCAGAGUCCGUUCGCGAAUUUUGUUACAAUUGAAGAAUAUCGGGAACGACUUGUCAUGGCUGGCUACGCUCGUGAAAAGAUCGAGAUCCGCGACAUUUCAGAACACGUAUUCAGCCCGUUGGCUGGAUUCUUAAGGAAAAAGGAGGUUGAACUGCAGCAAUAUGGGAUGUCAAUUGGACGCUUUCGUUAUGCGGCGAAAAUGUUCGCUUGGUGGGGCAGAUCAGGGGUGAUCAGAGGCUGUAUUAUCGUGGCCAGGAAAUAGUUCCAGUUGUCAAGAGAAAGAGUAACUAUACAUACAAGUGAUCUAGAUAUAAUGGCAUCACAACCUAGGAUGAUCAUGACUGGAUGGUCAAAACAAUGCUUCCCAGAGGUCCACUCCCAAGCUCUGCAAUCUAAUAUUGAGGAUAUCGUGGUCUAGACUAUCAACAAACCAUGGUGGCCAAUAUCUCUGAGGCUAAUAAUCGCAAAUUAGGUUGGCAACGGAAGGAAGCUCCCUAUGACCUUCGAGGCUCCCGAUGUGGCGCACUAGCUAUCUUAAAACAAGCGAAGGUGGCAACAGCCAGUGACACGGCGCUCAGAUAUAUAUCUGCG